GCGCCCCUUUUUUCUUUCUCUUUCUCUUUCUUUCUUUUCCUGGAAAGAAAAAUAAAAAGUUGAAAACAAAUUAUAAGAAAACACCCAACCAAUCAAUCGCCUUCGUAUGUAAAUUCCAUUACUGUGAAAAAGUGGAAAUUAUCGCCUUUUUAUCUGAUUUCCUUCACUUAAAUUCAUCGCCAUGUCAUUGCGUAGACGAACUUUGCUCAAGGUCAUCGUUCUCGGCGACAGUGGGGUUGGCAAGACGUCGUUGAUGAACCAAUAUGUGCAUAAGAAGUUCAGUCAGCAGUAUAAAGCUACAAUAGGUGCCGAUUUUGUCACGAAAGAACUCCAAAUUGAUGACAGGCUCGUCACUUUACAAAUUUGGGACACAGCUGGGCAGGAAAGAUUUCAGAGUCUUGGAGUUGCAUUUUACAGGGGGGCAGAUUGCUGUGUUUUAGUUUAUGACGUUAAUGUAAUGAAGUCCUUUGAUACUCUUGAGAAUUGGCACGAGGAGUUUCUCAAGCAGGCCAACCCUCCGGAUCCCAAGACAUUUCCGUUUAUAUUGCUUGGUAACAAGAUUGAUAUUGAUGGGGGGAAUAGUCGUGUGGUUUCUGAGAAGAAAGCAAAGGACUGGUGCACAUCAAAGGGGAAUAUUCCUUACUUUGAGACAUCAGCAAAAGAAGAUUACAAUGUUGAUGCUGCAUUCCUUUGUAUUGCGAAGACUGCUCUUGCAAAUGAACAUGAGCAGGACAUAUAUUUCCAAGGCAUCCCAGAGGCUGUUUCAGAGUCUGAUCAAAGAGGGGGUUGUGCAUGCUGAAUUUAUUUGAGCAAUUCACCUCUAAUGCUGGGCUGCCUAAAUUUUUCAUUUUUUAUGCUCCCGAUUCAUAGCCAUUGUUUGUACACGCUGUAUACUAAGUUAUUUCUGUUUAGCCAUGCUUUGACUUUUGCCAUUUUGACUUUGUGGAAAGUAGUCCUGUUUUUGUCAGAUGAACUCCAAGAAACCUCAAACUGUAGAACCCCUUUUUGGAUUGUCUCACCAUGAGUUAUUGCUUCUACUUUCAAAACGGAAUCGAUGCUUCUAGUUUUGCCUUGUGAGAAUCAACUUCAUGGAAUCUUUAAAUUAACUUUUGGGUAACAGUUACUCAUGUGGUCUUAAGCUAUUA